AUGACCCGUUUCUUGUUAGAACUGAUAACCCUAGAGAAACAAGCUGGAAAUUAUAGAGGCAAAAGUUUGAUUGAGAAAGGAAAAGAAAAUGUUCUUGUGAAAUUUAAAAAACGAUUUCCAAUAACCUUAAAUUGGAACAAAGUUAAGAACAGACUUGAUACUUUAAAGAAGCAAUACGAAAUCUAUCCUGCUAAACUUCGGUCGCAUCCACUGCGGUUUAUACCACUUCUUGAUGUAGUCUUCCGAGAUGAAACUGUUGUCGUUGAAGAGUCAUGGCAACCAAGACGUGGUGUACAUCGUCGUGCUCCAGUACUGGACUUAAGCGACAGUGAAUGUCCAAACAAUAAUGGAGAUGAGAGAGAAGAUCUGAUGCAAAAUCGUGAACGUGAUCAUAUGAGACCACCAACCCCAGAUUGGAUGUCACAAACCCCGAUGGAAAAUUCUCCAACUUCAGCUAACUCGGAUCCGCCAUUUGCAUCACAAGAGAGAUCUUCCACACACACUCAAGUGAAAAAUGUAAGCAGGAACAGAAAGCGUAAACAAAAUCCAGCAGACUCGACGCUCGACCGUAUUGCUGCGACUAUGAAAAAAAUUUGAGUUGGAGAUGUGUUAAAAAUCGUUUGGAUAUCUUGAAGAAACUUUAUCAUAUGUAUAGAGGCA